AUGCCGGAUCUUACCUCUGAGGAACAGCUUAACUUUGAAAAACUGGCUGAAGGCAAGACGAAAGAAAUCUUCGGCAUUCACGGAAAUGCUGAUGUCGUUCUUAUCCGCUCCAAAGAUCAGCUGACAGCCUUUAACGCAGCUCGCAAAAGCGAUGUUGAAGGCAAAGGACGAAUAGCCAACAAGACAACAACGCAUGUCUUUCAGUAUCUCAAUGAUAUUGGUAUUCCAACACACUUCGUUGCCAGUCGUAGUGAUACGGAGUUCCUUGCUCAGAGAUGUGAAAUGAUUCCAAUCGAAUGGGUUGCCAGACGCAUUGCUACAGGAUCGUUCCUCAAACGAAACCCUGGUGUUAAACAGGGAUACCGAUUCUCCGAUCCCAAGAUUGAAACCUUCUUCAAGGAUGAUGAACAGGAUGACCCACAAUGGUCUGAUGAACAGAUCAUUUCCGCUGGUUUCAAAUACAAUUCUCUCAAGAUUGGAAAAACUGAGGUGCUACUCAUGAAGAAGCUGACGUCAUUGAUUUUCCGAGCUUUAGAGAAAGCUUGGUCUCUCUCCGAUUGUUCAUUGAUUGAUAUGAAGAUCGAGUUUGGAGUCAAUACAUCCGGAAAGAUCAUCCUUAGCGAUGUUAUUGACAACGACUCAUGGCGAGUCUGGCCUUCUGGAGAUAAACGACUCCAAUUGGAUAAGCAGUUCUUCCGCGAAAUGCCAGAAGUUACAUCUGAAGCUUUGAGCCAGCUCAUUUCGAAUUAUGAGAAAGUUAUGAACCUGACCGAAGGUUUCCUGGGCAGCACCAAGUCCCGAGUGCUCAUCAUCAUGGGCUCAUCCUCGGACAUGGACUUCUGUCGAAAAAUCGAGAAAGGAUGUCAGAAGCUGGGAAUGGAAACCCGUCUACGCAUCAGCUCAGCACAUAAGUCAACAAGUGAAACAUUAGAAAUCCUUUCGGAGUAUGAGCAGGACUUCGUUCCAACAGUCGUCAUUGCCGUAGCCGGACGUUCGAAUGGUUUGGGCCUUGUAAUUGGCGGGAAUACAACUUUACCUGUAAUCAAUUGUCCACCACCAGCAUCAUCUGAUCUCAAUGGAAUAAACGAUGUUUGGUCAUCACUUCGAACUCCAUCUGGAAUUGGAUGUUCAACGGUUUUGACGGCAGAUGAAGCUGCCUUAGCUGCAGCCAAAAUACUAUCUCAACUGGACCAUAUGGUAUUUGGAAGAAUUCUUGGUAAUCAACUUCAGAACUAUAUGAAGAUUUAUGAAGCAGACACGGCAGUUGUGGCUAAGCGAAGCGGAUGA